AUGGCAGCGGACAAGUUACCUGACGCCCUCCUGCAGGAGGUGAGGAAUGUCCUGGCCACAGAGUGCAGAGAGAUGGUUAUGUGUGAAAAAGCUACAGGAGAGAACGUUGCUGGACAACACAAUAUGAUGUCGAAAGUUUUUCAUGGAUCUGCUGGGUACGCUUCUGUUGUGGACAAAUUACUGGAUGGCAAAGGGCCAUAUGCAUCAGUAUUCAACAAGCUCCCUAUAGAGAACAACCGUGAAGGAAAUGACGAACGUCCCAGUGGACACAUGCUGGUAAUGAAGGAUAUUGUCAGCUGCAACGAAGGCGCCAAGUAUGUUGCCCAAGAAAGGGGUUUUAACAAAGAAGCUAUUACAAAGAAUGGCGAAAAGAAACUUGAAGGGCGUAACAUCGGAGAACGUGCAAUCACUUCUACUGCCAACUACAAGUUCGCUUUGAAAUACUGUGACGAAUAUUGCCAGGAUGGAAAGCUUCCCUCUGGAAAGUCGCUGGAUGACAUGGUUCUCUAUGUUCGCCAAAAGAUGUAUGUUCACCUGAGAGGUGGGAAGAACAAUCGUACAAGCAACCGAAGAGCAGCAGGCAGUGACAAGCCUGCAAAGGAAUUCGUGGAAGAGGAUAUGCCGGCAAAGUACAUGUUUAAUGGCUACCUGGUGUUUCUUUUGUACGGUCCUUUGGGCUUGUGUGGUAUCACCCUCAGCUGUCUUUCGAAAGAUGGAAGUGAUAUUAAGAAGAAAGGUAGAGCAGCUGCAAGGACCAAGGAAAUGGAAGUGAAAGCUGCAGAGCGCACUGCCGAUGAUGGAGGCACUGGUAUCUACCAUCGAGGUGUUCCUGUCAAGGAAAAGCUUGCGUGUGCCACUUUGGCCAUGAGCGAGCUGAAAGAUGCACAAAGAAAUGUGCGAGACUUGCUAUUCCACAACAGUUCCUCUGAAGCGAAUUGUCUGAAUGCACUCACCCAAGUUGACAGCAUGUUGGAAAGAGCUGAGACAAGAGGGGAGCGUCGUGACAUGUCUUUGCUAAAGAAGAGAAAGAAUGAUCUCUUUGACCGGCUAGAUAAAUUGUCUAAACGCAAGACAGAAUUGGAGGCAAAGAGCGACAUGCUGAUGCAGCAGACGACUACCAAAAGCAAGGUGCAGGCCUACUAUGAUGCCAUUGGAUCGUUCAACAGUGUUCCUAAAGCAGUGGCAGUUGUGUCCAAGAGUACUCCAGACGAUGGAUCAUCCAUAACCAACAACGAAAGGUCAUGUGUAGGGACCCCAAUUGCUAGGCGCGGUACUACUGGACAAACGAAACUGGUGACACUACCCCGCCAUUGUUCGCAACUGUCUCAACCAUCGCAAGAUGAAGAAAGUGUUGUAGAGAACCAACAAGAGCCUGUCAUGGAUUCUUUCAUUGAAGUUGAACCUCGCGGGGAAAUAGAAGAAGAACCCAUUGUCGUUGAUGGACCCAGCGAAACUGUCGACAAUGAUGCACUGACUCCAUACCAGGCGCGACUACCAGCAGCAGGACAAGAAUUCAUCUUGGAGUUUCGCAGGAGGGAGCGAGAGCAACUUACGUUCCAGCAACAGCAAGCUGCUGUGGCAGCAGACGAAAGGAACCAUGGUCGUGGAUUAAACCAUCCUUCUUCGUAUCAGCCAGGUGGCACCUACCAUGCGCAUCCCAGGACCACUGUAAAUGAUGGUCUUACUAUCGAAACAGCUCACACUUACUUUGCUCAAGAGGAGGGUUAA